UUCGAUAACGGAUUUAUAAUUUUAUUAAUAACACCGUUUAUUUGAAGAAAUAUGGAUGUUCUAGCUUAUACUAAUCCCUUUAAAGUUCUUCGCGAUUUCGUUCGUCAUCCAAUAGCGGCUUUUGUGAAUGAUCAGUACACGGGAUAUAAGAAGAAGACUAAUGAUAGUAUUACGAGUGUAAAAGAGAUUUUAUAUAGAUUAGCAGUACUUUCAGUGUUUCUGUCGGCAAUUUUGUGGAUAUCAAUUUUCCUGUAUGUUGUGUUCUACUACACUUAUAUGCCGAAUGUGACGCACGUUCGACCAGUACAUUUGCAGUUCAAAUCAUGUGACGAAAACUUAGGUGUAUGUUCGUUCCCAUCAGCGCAUGUUCAGCUAACAAGACGGAGUCACAUGCUAAUGUCUUCACAAGCAUAUCGCAUUAAACUUCUUCUUGAAGUGCCAGAGUCUCAGAUUAAUAAGGACUUAGGUAUGUUCAUGGUUUGUGCUCAGAUGAGGGCUGCUGGUGGUGUAUUAGUAUCAUCAUCUUGUAGAUCAACAAUGCUAAGACAUAGAUCAAGACUGCAUCAAAUAAUGCGAACAUUAGCUUACGCUCCUCUAUUGGUAGCAGGUAUACAUGAAGAGAAACAGUUAAUACAAGUGGAACUUUUCACUGACUUUCAAGAUGAUCCAAAUCGUCCAGUAACCGACGCCUACGUCGAGUUACAGUCGCGUUUCCUACAAGUGUUCUCGUGCGAGCUUCAGAUCGAAGCCCACUUCACUGGCUUGAGAUACGUCAUGUACUACUGGCCUAAGAUCUCCGCGCUAAUUGGUAUUUCGUCUAACUUAUUCUUCGUAUCAUUACUAUUCAUACUGAGCUGGUACCACUUACAAGACGGUCUCCCUGACUUUGUAAAGAACAAACUGGGAAUAGAGAAAAAGAAAGAAAAAGAAAACGACGACAAGAAAUUAUAUGGAAAGAUGAAGUUGGAACGAGAAGACUCUUUUCCGUUCAUCGAAGAAGAAACGCUUCUAGAAGAGUUCCAGAAAUUAGAAGAACAGAAAGAGAAAAAGAAAUCUGUAUCUCCAGAAGAUGGUGAAUAAAAUGAAAAUGGAUAUUUAUAUGGAAUUAAUAGAUAUAAGACUGAUAAUGUAAAUAGGACAUACAUUUAUAAAAUGUGAUUAUUUUUUUACAGGGUUGUGUUUAUUAUUUAACAGGGAAUAGACUAUGCUGCUUACGUAUGUCAUGUUUUAUCUGUUGUACAAUUUUAUUUAUUGAUAUAAAAAAAAACAACACAAAUGGAGCGAAAAUAGUUUUUAAUCGUUUAGAAAAACUGACUGCAUGUUUCUAGCAUGUUCUAAGAAAUGCUUUUAAUAUAUUUACUAGUUUGUUAAUUUUAUAUUAUAUUUGUAAUAUUUUAAAUAAUGCUUCACGUAGUAAUUUUCUAAGAUAUAAACUGUAAUUGAAUUAAAUGUAAAAUUGAAUAAUUGUAAUAUUUUUAUACCGCACAUCCGCUAGAAAAAUGUUGCUAUCCAUAACAAUGUACAGGAUCAUAUGGGAGGAUAAGUACCUAUAUUAUUUAGUAAAAGUAUAUAAUAUAGUAUAUUUCAUUUAAUUUGUGGGAUUUUUUGUAUUUCUUAAUUUAUCACACUAUUUGCUGACGUUUUAGCUGGAAAAUAUAUCAAAUAAACUUACUUAUAAGUUAAAAAAAAAAAAAAAAACUAUACAUUAUGGCCCUCUUUAAGAAGGUUUAAUAUGAACGUAAUGCUUAUUUACCUAAAUAACGAGCACCAUAAUUAUUCGGCUGAGAUGCUCUUAAAAGUUUGUAACAGCAAAUAUAUGCCAAUAAAAAGAAGACUUUAAUACUUUUUUACGAUGUCGUGGCUACAUUUAUUGUUUUGUGCUAUCGACUACACUUGCAACUAUUUUUAUGGAUUUUUUUUGUGUGUACAACAGAUCAAAUUUAAUUUAUAAGUGAGGAAGAGUAGAUAUAUAGAUUAUAUAGAAUUUUGCGACUUAUUUUAAUAUUUCAGCGGAUUUGUGAUAUACCCUAAUAAUCAUAUCAAGCUAAAAUACUGAACUGUUCGAUUUUAUUUGUAUGUUGUAUUGUUGUAAAAUUUUAAUCAUAAUGUGGGAUAAAAUAUGUGAUUGUUUAGACA